UGGGGCCAGUUCGAUUCAACUUCAAAUUCACGUACUACUGGUUGUCUAAAAAUGAUGGUAGUUGUAUUUACUUGUGUAGCAGCAACACAUCAGAGCAAAAACAAAAAAUAAAACGGAGAGCGGAGAAAAUAAAAAAAUAAACUUCGCCAUAUUGAAUUGUGAGAAGUUCUUGUCUUACUUUUUCCUGUGCAGAAUUGAAAAUUGUUUCCUUCUGCCAGGAUCUUGUAACACCCGAAUCUGUGGUAUUCUUACAGCUGAAAGAAGAAUGACAUCAAAGUGCUUAGUAAAGAGAAAACCAUAAUGAAAAUCUUCCUAAUUGAAUAAAACCUACUUUAGUGCAGUGAUUACUAAUGGACUUUGUCAUUUCGGUGUGAAACGGAUUGUGUACUAGUGACUGCAAAAUUUACAGUACGGAAAAUUCCGUUCUGCAUCAAAACUGGAGUCCUGCGAGCCAGACUACCUUAAAGCUCAAAAGCAAAAACGUCGAUCGACUAAAAAAUCUACGAGUAAAGUUAAAGUGCAGCAGUGGAGAACCACCAAAAGAAAGGACAAAAUGAACCAGACUGUAUCCAGAAAUAGAUUCGAGAAAGCCUACAUAGUACCAGAAGAUGAAAUCUCCAAGAAGCUGCCCAAAGAGAUUCUUUUGCGUAUUUUAUCCUAUCUCGACGUAACCUCGCUGUGCCGAUGCGGACAGGUAUCCCGAUACUGGAAUAUACUGGCGCUGGAUGGGUCGAACUGGCAGAAGAUUAACUUGUUCGAUUUUCAACGGGACAUAGAGGGUCUCGUGAUCGAAAACAUCUCAUUGCGGUGCGGUGGUUUCCUGAAGUAUCUCUGUCUACGUGGCUGCCAAUCGGUGGGUAGUCAAUCAAUACGAACUCUUGCUCAACACUGCCAUAAUAUAGAACAUUUGGACUUGGCCGAGUGCAAGAAAAUUACCGACGUUGCCAUACAUCCGCUCAGCAAGUUCUGCACUAAACUCACCGCCAUCAACCUCGAAUCCUGUUCGCAAAUUACGGACUGCAGCCUGAAGGCUCUCUCGGAUGGAUGUCCGAACUUAACUGAAAUCAAUGUAUCAUGGUGCAAUCUGAUUACGGAAAACGGUGUCGAAGCGAUCGCGAGAGGCUGCAAUAAAGUUAAAAAGUUUAGCAGUAAAGGUUGCAAACAGGUAAACGACAGAGCAGUAAUCGCCUUGGCACUUUUCUGUCCUAACAUAGAGGUUUUAAAUCUACACAGCUGCGAAAGCAUAACAGACGCAUCAGUGUCGAAGAUAGCGGAGAAGUGCAUUAACUUGAAGCAACUGUGUGUGUCCAAAUGUUGCGAGCUCACCGAUCAAACGUUGAUUGCACUUGCAACGUAUAACCACUACUUAAAUACGCUAGAAGUGGCCGGUUGUACUCAGUUCACCGAUUCAGGAUUCAUAGCGCUAGCAAAGAACUGUAAAUACUUGGAACGAAUGGAUCUGGAAGAAUGUAAUCUUAUUACUGACGCGACAUUGUUCAAUCUGGCCGUAGGCUGCCCUAGCUUAGAGAAAUUGACGCUGUCUCACUGCGAACUGAUAACUGACGAAGGAAUUCGGCAGCUGGCUGCCGGAGGUUGCGCUGCCGAAAGUUUAUCCGUCCUCGAGCUGGAUAACUGUCCACUAAUAACUGACGCAACACUCGAACAUUUAAUAUCCUGUCACAAUCUGCAGAGGAUAGAGCUCUACGACUGCCAACUAAUAUCUAGAAAUGCUAUUCGCAAACUUAGGAAUCAUCUACCAAACAUUAAAGUGCACGCCUAUUUUGCUCCUGUGACACCACCACCGACCACAACCGGACCGCGACCAAGGUAUUGUCGUUGUUGCGAGAUUCUCUGAGAUCAGGCGAUCGGCUUAGCCAGAAAGGUUCUCUGUAGGAGUAGAGAUGACUGAUAUUUAUACCUAUAAUCUUAAUUGAGAUACAAGACACGAACAUGCUUCAGCAGCAUGGUGCAAAUCAACUCACGAAGAAAAUGUAAUAAUUGGAACACACGCUAAUAAUAAAUAGUUAUUCUUCGUUCUUCAGGAUACGAGCAGUGUAACACAUUGAACGAUAAUAAUCUAUUCUAAUCAUCAUCGAUGUAUGGUCGUAGAAAACAUCCAUGUGAAAACAAUUCCAAAGCCAGCAAAACAAUCUUUUUCUUUUAUUACAAACUUUUUUUGCACAGAACAUUACCACGAGCAGUUGUAAUAAACAUGUAUAUCAACCAGUGCAAAACCAGGCUAACAUUUAUCAAUUGCAAAUAAAAUUGAUAUUUUUCGAAAAUAAACCACCAGCUAGCUAGCAAAUUUGGAUCUUCGCACGACUCUUCUUUAUUUUAUGUUUAAAAACAGCAGAACUGGAAGCAAAACUAAGGGGCAACCAUUAACAUGUGUUCAAUUAGUAGUGAAUGAGAACAGCACGUUAAAGAAUAACUGGAAAUAAUACGAAAUAUUUGCAUUGUUAACGAGUGAAUUUAGUAAAAAAAAAGCUUGGCAUUUGAAACAACUAGAGAGCAAAUAAUUUUUUUCCUAAUGACGCUAAAAAUUGCGGCUUGCUGUACGGCCGCCCUUAGUGCGAUAAGUCAGUGAAUGCUAAAUCACACUAAAAAUCAUCAACGGCAAACAAUAACUUUAGACGUAAUUACAUUAGUCGUAUCACAAUAUGUAUUAAUAAUCGAAUCAAAAUGUGACGGUUACGUGGAUCACACGUUAGCACAGGAUGCAAUCAGGAAAGUUACUGAAUUGGACAGCAAAGAAAACAAGCGUGAGAAUGUGAUAAAAUUUUGAGAGUAAAUAGUUGUGAUUAAUGUCCGGUGUCAGCUGAAAGCGAAAAUGGUGUUGUACACGUGGGAAUAUUUUACCUUUGGUAUGUUGCUAGAGGCCUGAGAAAACGUGGCGUGUUGAUUAGAGAAGGCAAAGAAACGAACAUUUUCAUGUAAAACGCAAGCGAGACGCUGAUUUGAUUGUGAUCUAUACAUAAAUACAUUAAAAUAUAUUUACGAUGGUAAACCGUAUGGUGACACAUUAGAAAAAAAAAUUGAAUAAAAAUAAA